AUGGCCAAGACAAGAUCCAAGGGCAGUGCCUCGCCUAGAACACCCCAAUCUGCUAAAGUGAAGAAGAUGGCUAACAGCAUAAAGUCAUCUCCUACCAUGUCAUCACCUUUAGCUAACAAGAAGAAAACAAAGACCGUCAAAAAGGUAGCUGAUAAGGAGGAACACGUUAAGCAAGCAGCUAUAACAAAGGCCAUCAGUGAGUUGGUCAAGUAUGUGAAUAAGCCAAAGUUGGAAGGUGAAAAGGAAAGCAAUAGUCUUUUCGAUGAUGAAGAUGCCGAAGAUCAUGAGUUUGAUUUAACACUCCAAAUCACUGGAAAGAAAUAUUUCAGUGAUAAGACGAACUUAAAACCUAAGAUAAUUGAAUUGCGUAAGGGAUUAUACAACACAGAAUUCACAAAAACGUGUUUGAUCGUUAGAGAUCUGUUGGUUACAACUGAUGCUCAGUUAACAUCUAUUGAAGAAGCUUCUAUUCCCACGUUGAGUCAAAUCUAUUCAGUAAGUCAAAUCAAGAAGGAAUUCAAAGAGUAUGAGAAGAAAAGACAAUUAUACUCUGAAUACGAUGUCUUUGUUGUUGAUGAUUCCAUUCUCAAUUUGAUGCCAACAUUAUUGGGUAAAGUAUUCUAUAGUUCCAAUACCAAGAUUCCAGUUCCUAUUAAAGUCACAUCAACCUCCAAUAAACUGGAAUUAUCGUUGGCUACUUUGAAGAACCAAAUUUCAAAAGUUUUGAAUAGCACAUCAUAUUUACUUCCCGUUGGAACAAAUAUCUCCAUAAAAGUUGGAAAUGUUAAUGCUUUAUCUGCUCAAGAAUUAGAAGAAAAUGUUCAAAAGGCAGUUGCUCAUUUCCCAUUGAAUAAAAUCAAGUCUUUUGGUUUGAAGUGCACCAAUUCUCCAUCGUUACCAAUCUUCUACACGCAAAACUUAUUUGCCGAAAAGGAUGUUGCUGCUUCUGCUGUUGAAAAAUCAGCUGAAGAUGCUGCAUCCGAUGCAACUGAUAUCAAGUUAUCCAAGUUUGAACGUGCUUUGAUCGAAUUGGGUGAUGCUGAUGAAGCCAUUAAGAUUGUAACUAAGAAGCAAAGCUCCAAGCAGAAGAAAACUGCAAAGAAGAGUUCCAAGGUGCAAAAAUAG